UACGCUCAGAAAAGAAACAUAAACCCUAGCAAAGAGCAGAGAGAGAGUAGGAAACAGAGCCUUGCUAUUAGAACAGCAACUGAGAAGAAAUAGCUCAAACCGUAGGAUUAAAGCAAAAAGAGAAUGAGGAAGAAGGUCGACGAGCGCAUCAGAACCCUAAUCGAAAAUGGCGUCAAAACCCGCCAUCGCUCCAUUUUCCUCAUAAUCGGUGACAAGUCACGCGACCAGAUUGUGAAUCUCCAUUACAUGCUAAGUAAGGCAGUUAUUAAAGCGAAGCCAAAUGUUUUGUGGUGCUACAAGGACAAACUUGAACUCAGCAGUCACAAGAAAAAACGUGCAAAGCAGGUAAAAAAGCUAAUGCAGAGGGGGCUUCUGGAUCCUGAGAAGGUUGAUCCUUUUUCACUUUUUGUUGAGACUGGAGGUUUGACAUAUUGCUUGUACAAGGAUUCAGAAAGAAUUCUUGGUAAUACCUUUGGAAUGUGUGUGCUUCAGGAUUUUGAGGCUUUGACGCCAAAUCUACUAGCAAGAACAAUUGAAACAGUAGAGGGUGGUGGGUUAAUUGUAUUGCUGCUUCGUUCUCUGUCCUCACUGACCAAUCUGUAUACCAUGGUUAUGGAUGUUCAUGAGAGGUUUCGAACUGAAUCUCAUUCUGAGGCUGCUGGACGCUUUAAUGAGCGUUUCUUAUUAUCACUUGCUUCUUGUAAAGCGUGUGUAAUCAUGGACGAUGAACUGAAUAUUUUACCAAUUUCAUCACAUAUAAGGUCUAUCACUCCUGUUCCAGUUAAAGAGGACUCUGAAGGGCUUUCAGUGGCAGAACGAGACCUGAAGAAUCUCAAAGAACAACUAAAUGAUGAUAUUCCUGUUGGUCCUUUAAUUAAGAAGUGUUGUACAUUGGACCAGGGAAAAGCUGUGAUUACAUUUUUAGAUGCAAUUUUGGACAAAACGCUUCGUAGUACUGUUGCCUUGCUUGCUGCUCGUGGCCGUGGGAAAUCCGCUGCACUUGGUUUGGCAAUUGCUGGAGCUAUUGCUGCCGGGUAUUCAAAUAUCUUUGUAACUGCACCAAGCCCUGAAAACUUGAAAACCUUGUUUGAAUUUGUUUGCAAGGGUUUUGAUGCACUUGAAUAUAAGGAACAUAUAGAUUUUGAUGUGGUGAAAAGUAGUAGUCCUGAGUUCAAGAAAGCAACUGUGCGAAUCAAUAUUUACAGGCAGCACAGGCAAACAAUUCAGUAUAUACAGCCACAUGAGCAUGAAAAGCUUUCCCAGGUUGAACUGCUGGUUGUUGAUGAAGCAGCUGCUAUUCCAUUGCCUGUUGUGAAGUCCUUGCUUGGUCCUUAUUUAGUUUUCCUUUCAUCCACAGUAAAUGGCUAUGAAGGUACCGGUCGGUCUUUGUCACUAAAACUUCUGCAGCAAUUGGAAGGGCAAAACAGGGAGUCUGCUAACAGUGUGGGGGGCUUUCAUUCUGGCCGUAUUUUCAAAAAGAUAGAAUUGAGUGAAUCUAUCAGAUAUGCUUCUGGGGACCCAAUUGAAUCCUGGCUUCAUGCUUUACUUUGCUUGGAUGUUACAAAUUCCAUCCCUAAUAUUAACAGGAUACCUCAACCUGAUGAUUGUGAUUUGUACUAUGUUAAUCGGGAUACACUUUUUUCCUAUCACAAUGAUAGUGAGGUUUUUUUACAGCGAAUGAUGGCUUUAUAUGUUGCUUCUCACUACAAAAACUCUCCAAAUGAUUUACAACUAAUGGCGGAUGCUCCAGCGCAUCACUUGUUUGUAUUGCUUGGUCCUGUUGAUGAGUCAAAAAAUCAACUUCCUGAUAUCUUGUGCGUCAUCCAGGUUUCUCUUGAGGGACAGAUUUCUCGUAAAUCUGCAAUCAAAAGUCUAAGUGAUGGUUAUCAACCUUCUGGAGACCAAAUACCAUGGAAAUUCUGUGAGCAAUUCCAGGACACCAGUUUCCCUAGUCUUUCAGGUGCUCGCAUUGUCCGCAUUGCUACCCAUCCAAGUGUCAUGAGGUCUGGAUAUGGUUCAAAAGCAGUGGAACUUUUAUCAAGUUAUUUCGAAGGAUUGAUUCAUCCUAUUUCUGAGGUGGAUGAUGUUAUGAAUGUUACAGAGACACCAUAUGCCAGAGUUACUGAAGCUGCAGAGAAGGCUUCAUUGCUAGAGGAAAAUAUAAAGCCUAGAACUAAUCUUCCUCCUUUGCUAGUUCAUCUCCGUGAAAGGCAACCUGAGAAGCUACAUUAUAUUGGUGUCUCUUUUGGGCUUACCCAGGACCUUUUUCGCUUUUGGAGGAAACGUGGCUUUGCUCCAUUCUACAUUGGCCAGAUUCCAAGUGCUGUGACUGGCGAGCAUACAUGUAUGGUCCUUAAACCUUUGAACAAUGAUGAUAUUGAAGAUAGUGGAUCGGAUAAAUGGGGAUUUUUUGGUCCAUUUUAUGAAGAUUUCAGGCAAAGAUUUACUAGACUACUGCAACUUAGCUUCCGUGAAAUGGAGUAUAAGCUUGCUAUGAGCAUCCUGGAGCCGAAAAUCAAUUUCGAGGCGCUGGAGGCUACUCCAUCUACCUCAGAUGGAUUAUUGAGUUCAAUUAAACAAUUUAUAUCACCACAUGAUAUGAAGCGACUGGAAGCUUAUACCAACAAUCUUGCUGACUUUCAUCUGGUGAGAUCUCUAAACAAUAGUUUUGACGGCAUUACCAUGUAGUGUUUUGUGGGGUUUCAUGGGAGUAGAUAAUAUGAUAUUGGUAUGUGGUAAAAACUGAUAUAUGCAUAUGU